CGUCCGCAUCCCAGACGAAACCUCGUCCCUCACCCAGCAUUUCCGCCAUGGCCCCGCCGAGAAUACAGGCAGGCCUGGUGGCUCGAUUGAGCGCCUUGUCGCUAGGAGGAGGAGCGGCGCGACUACGAGUCGCACCGCAACCCACGCUCCUCCCGCAAUUCCAAUUCCUCUCGCCCUCCGUCCCUCGCUUUUUCACCACCUCCUCCGCCCUUCUCAACUGGCUCGCCCCCAAAGCCGGCGAAUCCCGCAAAUCGCGCAAGGGCCGCUGCCGCGUGCCCACAGGCGGCAGCAUGCGCGGCACGACGAUUGUAUGGGGGGACUACGGGCUGCGGAUGCGGGACCACGAUCGGCGCAUCAGCGCGGCGCAGCUCAAGAUUGCCGAGGAGACGAUCAAGAAGAGGUUGCGUGGGAUGAAGUUUCGACUGUAUAUGCGGAUCGCGGCGAAUAUAGGCGUGUAUACGAGUGGGAAUGAGAGUCGUAUGGGGAAGGGGAAGGGUAGCUUUGAUCAUUGGACGGCGAGGGUGGCGGUGAGUAAGAUUAUUUUUGAGAUCAAGGGGGAGUUGCAUGAGCAGGUGGUGAGGGAUGCGUUUAGGUUGGCGGGGAAUAAGUUGCCGGGGUUGUACGAGUUUGUCAAGAGAGGCGAUCCGCCGGUCAUGGGUCUCACCAAAGUGGGUGUGAACGGCGUUACAGUGGCAGAUUUGAAAAGGCCGAGGAGAAAGCUUCCCCUAGAGGAGUCUGCAGCGAAGCUACCAUCGACUACACCUGGAACAUUGCCUGCUUCAACUACUGUGGCUUCGGCUGCCAUGUAAAAUAACGGCUAGGACAGGGGUUGUAUGAUAGGACUAGACGACUGUAUAUCCACAUAGGUACGGCAAAGCGUAUGGAUGCGCCUAUUUUGUCAGAUUUAUGCAAGAAAACGAGAACGCUUUAUCACAAACCACUACCAGAACCUAGCAUUCGAUCACGACCUACCACAACCCGCUACUAUACUUUAUAUAAUGUAUCCAAAAACCCCUUCGCCAAAUCCACU